AUGAUCGCUGAUGUAGUUCCUUGGCUGAUCGGAGGGCAGCGAGCGAACCACCGCCUCGAGCAACAAAUAGUGGGUGUCAACGGUCUGGAUGACCAACUAAGUGCCAAGAACACAGCGGUUGCAAACGCAGAGGCCACCUCCCAGAACCUCACCGCGGAGAACGAAAGAUUAUCCAAGGUCCUCGGAGAAGUGAACGGGCAGAAUGAACUACUGAAGCAACGAUCUGCUCAAGUGACUGAUUCUCUGCGGACUGCUACAGAAUCCCAUCAGAGGUCGACAAAACCGGUUGGUGAUGGUCAGAAAGAGCGCGAUCAUCUCAAGGCCGAGGUGCAGAACUUUCGCGUGGUCGUUCUCCCAGAAAAUGAGAUAACCAUCAACAGUCUAAAGUCUGAAGUUUGCUAA